GGGAAGGACAGGGCCGGCGUUUCCCCGGCGGACGGGGUCCGAGGUGGAGCACCGGGGGCCCAGGCGCCGCUCGGACCUGCGGGGCGGCCGCUGCGCCCCUCCUCGCGCCGAAGUCCCGCCUUCGCCGCCUCCACGCUCCUCCCCUCCUGCUCUGCUCGCCCCUCCCUCCCUGCCGGGCUCCCUCCCGCCCUCUCUCCCGCCGUCCGCCCCCCAUCCUGCUCAGCCUCUCCACGGCCGCGGCUCGGCCACCUGAAGGGACAGAGCGGCCGGGCCGGGACAGGCGGCGGCGGGGCGGGACGGCCGGUCCAGAGGCGGCCUCCGCAUGGCCCCGCCGUGAGAAGCUGGACCCAGCGGCGGGGACUGGGAGCGGUGUACCGGAGUCCCAGGAGCAGCCAGGACAGGCAGAAGCAGGGGCUGCCAUGGAUGGAUGUGAGCUCCCACCGGCACUACCUGAGGAGAGUGGUGCUGCCGGGGACCCCAGCCCAGAGCCUGGGCAGGAGGCUGGGGUCCAGAAUGGAACGGCAGCCAGCGAGGGUCUGAGCAGCCCUCUCAGCAGCCCAGCACAUGAGAAGAGUGAUGCCCUGCUGGACACUGAGGAGCCCACAGGGGACCCAGGGGAGACCCUCCCUGGCCUCAGCCCCGGGCCCUCUCUCGCCAGUGGCCUAACCCUGGGACCAGAAAUGAACAUUCUGGAAGAUUCAGCCGAAUCCAGUCCCUGGAGGGCUGUUGGACUGGCAGAGGGGGACGAUGUCUCCAGCAGCCUCUGUCCAGACCUUGAGGACCCCCAGCUGGGGCUCGACGGCCCUGGGGAGCCGGAUGUGCGGGAUGGCUUCAGCGCCACAUUUGAGAAGAUUCUGGAGUCAGAGCUGCUGCGGAGCACCCAGUACAGUAGCCUGGACUCCCUGGACGUACUGAGCCUCACCGAUGAGAGCGACAGCUGUGUCAGCUUCGAGGCUCCGCUCACACCCCUCAUCCAGCAGCGGGCCCGGGAUAGCCCUGAGCCAGAGGCUGGGCUGGGCAUCGGGGACAUGGGGGCUGAGGGCGACAUGGGGGCAGCUGGAGGUGACAGGGAGCUGGGCAGCCCCCUGCGGCGCUCCAUCUCCAGCAGCCGCUCCGAGAACGUCCUGAGCCGCCUGUCUCUUACGACCGUUCCCAAUGGGUUCCAUGAGGAUGAGCCCCAGGGAUCAGGCAGGGAGGAAGAUGAUGAUGACGAGGACACAGACAAAUUGCUGAACUCAGCCAGUGACCCCAGCCUGAAGGACGGCCUGUCAGACUCGGACUCAGAGCUGAGCAGCUCGGAGGGGCUGGAGCCUGGUGGCACAGACCCACUGGCCAAUGGGUGCCAGGGCGUCAGUGAAGCUGCUCGCCGGCUGGCCCGCCGCCUCUACCACCUUGAGGGCUUCCAGCGCUGUGACGUGGCCCGGCAGCUGGGCAAGAACAAUGAGUUCAGCAGGCUGGUGGCUGGCGAGUACCUCAGUUUCUUUGACUUUUCCGGGCUCACUCUGGACCGAGCACUGAGAACCUUCCUGAAGGCCUUUCCUCUGAUGGGGGAGACACAGGAGCGGGAGCGGGUCCUUACACACUUCUCCCGCCGUUAUUGCCAGUGCAACCCUGAUGACAGCACCUCAGAAGACGGGAUCCACACGCUCACCUGUGCCCUGAUGCUGCUCAACACGGACCUGCAUGGACAUAACAUUGGCAAGAAGAUGUCCUGCCAGCAGUUCAUUGCCAACCUGGACCAGCUGAAUGAUGGCCAAGACUUUGCCAAAGACCUCCUGAAGACCCUUUACAACUCCAUCAAGAAUGAAAAGCUGGAAUGGGCUAUCGAUGAGGAUGAGCUGAGGAAAUCCCUGUCUGAGCUGGUGGAUGACAAGUUUGGGACAGGCACAAAGAAGGUGACACGGAUUCUGGAUGGCGGCAACCCCUUCCUGGAUGUCCCUCAGGCUCUCAGCGCCACCACCUACAAGCACGGCGUGCUGACUCGGAAGACUCACGCCGACAUGGAUGGCAAGAGGACACCCCGUGGGAGGCGUGGCUGGAAGAAGUUCUAUGCAGUGCUCAAGGGGACCAUCCUGUACCUGCAGAAGGAUGAGUACAGGCCUGACAAGGCUCUGUCGGAGGGUGACCUGAAGAAUGCCAUUCGUGUGCAUCAUUCUCUGGCCACCAGGGCCUCUGACUACAGCAAGAAGUCCAAUGUGCUCAAACUGAAGACUGCUGACUGGAGGGUCUUCCUCUUCCAGGCCCCGAGCAAGGAAGAAAUGCUGUCCUGGAUCCUAAGGCUCAACCUGGUGGCCGCCAUCUUUUCAGCCCCAGCCUUCCCAGCCGCUGUAAGCUCUAUGAAGAAGUUCUGUCGGCCCCUGCUGCCCUCCUGCGCCACUCGUCUGUGCCAGGAGGAGCAGCUGCGGUCCCAUGAGAAUAAGUUGAGGCAGGUGACCGCAGAGCUGGCCGAGCACAGGUGCCACCCAGUGGAGAGGGGCCUCAAGUCCAAGGAGGCGGAGGAGUACCGGCUGAAGGAGCACUAUCUCACGUUUGAGAAAAGCCGUUAUGAGACCUACAUCCAUCUUCUGGCUGUGAAAAUCAAAGUGGGCUCAGAUGACCUGGAGCGGAUUGAGGCUCGGCUGGCCACCCCAGAAGGGGAGGACCCUUCUCUCCGGAAGACACACUCGAGCCCUGCCCUCAGCCAGGGCCACGGGCCUGUGACUAGCAGCAAAGCCGCUGGGCCUGAUACUUAGCCAGUGUGAAUGUGCAGGCAGAUGCCCCUGGAGGGGUCCGUGAGCACAAUUCUGGCCAGUGGCUGCUUGGACCAAGUUCCACAGUUGACAGGCAACCAGACGGGUGUGGAGAGGCCUGUGGGCCAAGGAGAUAGAGAUGCUACUCGUGGCGUUGGGCCUCUUGCGUCCUGGGCCAUCUCUGGCCAUCGCUCUCUCCCCAGCCCCCAUUGCCUGCCCCACAUGGGGCCUCAUUUUGUAGGCCAGGGCAUAAGUGCUCUAGCACCUUCUCACUGGAGAGACUGGAAGGGCUGCCACUUCCCCAGGCCCCUGCUUCUUGCUGGCUCCUCUCUGAACUCAUCCCCUGUUUGUGAGGUGGGCCUGCCCUCUCCUCCUCCGUCCUCUAAGCUGCAGGUCUGUGCACCAGCUCUGUCCUUGCCUCCUCCCAGCCGCCUCUGUGAGCGGGCGCUAUCCUCCUGCCUCGCACUGCAGUGACCCAGGACAUGAGCUGCCUCACUUAGUGCCAAGCCGCCUGCACUCACACGUGUGCCCGCCUCUCCUCCCACCCCCUGAGGCCACUGCUGCCUCCAUUUUUGUAUGGACGUAGACGUAUAAAUAUAAAUUAUAUAGAGAGCAGGAACUCUUUUAAAGAUGGUUUUGGAACUGCUGUCAUCAGUUAGAGGAUGAAAUCAGAUGAAGAAAAAGCCUGAUUUGGGGCUCUGUUGUCUGCCAGAAGAGCUGCCACAUGGCCCUGGGUGGUCCUAAUGCUCUGGGAGGAAAGAUGGAGAGAGUGCUGACCUCCUCCCGCCCAGCCUUUCCCCUCCGGUGGACCUGUGACUCACAACUGUUGUUCCAGUGGGUGGUUUUGGACUAAGCAGAAAGAUGUGUGUGCCAUCCUCUCUGUUGUAAGGUGUCCUGGGAGUGAGUGGGAUGGCCCUGUUUGUACUUAAAUCUCUGUUGGUGCUGCCAGGUCUCUGAGCUCCAGAGGUGGCCCCUUGCACAGACCCACUCCGCAGGAAUAACAGGCAUUCCACCUUGCAGAGAGCUACUGUCAACAAGCCCAAAGAUGUGUGAUGGAGGAAGGUUCUAGAAGCCAUUAACUCUUGGUCUUGGGAAAAGGUGGAAUGACAAGUUGCUGAUUGUUGAUGUUUCUUGCAUUUUUCUAGGGAAUCAAAAAGGCCGAGUUAAGGAUAUAUCUGGGAAGAGUAGACACAUUUGCUACAUUCCCACCACAUACUAAACCUGCAUCCCUCAGACCGACAAGUGGUGGGGUGAAGGCACCUCAAUGUGGCCCAUGAGCCAAUUCUUCCUAAUGUUUAAAUAGAUGACUGUAGUUUGGCCAGCAGUUUGGCCUCUGGGGUAACAUACUUAGUUAAUAAGAUGAGCCAACCUCACAACUAAGUACCUAACAGUUACAAGCCCACUCACAGUUAUGAAGGGACACAUGACUAGGUGGAGAGAUGUAGUGAUUAGCCAGAUUAUUUAAGUUGGAUCAGCGGAAGUGUUUUAUAACCAAACCAUCUGGUCCUUUCGUUUUGCUCAAGGGAAGUCAAUGUUCAUUUAAAUGGAAUUGGAAAGGCAGUGUGGCAACAUGAAAGAGCUCGCUGUGCUUCUCCACGCUGCCUCUGAUGUCCUUUGGUGUUUGGUUCAUGUCCCGCCCUCCACUUCAUGGGGCGAGUGAUGACAGCAGAGCGUGAGUGCUGUCGUCCUCACACAGACGUGCUUCCCCAAGCACUAAUUGUGCCUCCCGUCAGUAAAGAAACUCUUAGUUCACCUCCUUAAUUGUAUAAUUAUUUAUUUGUAAAUUAUAUACAUGUACUACUGUACUAAAAUACUAUGUACAUUAUAAAACAUACACAAAAAUAGAAAUUUAAAAAAGAUGAGAUGAAAAUAAAUCUAAAUCAAAGUUAAUAGUUCUUCCUCUAUUCUGAUGGACCGUUAUGUUCUCACUACGACUUCUGCCCCUAAUAUACUCAUUUUCUCUGACCGUCCAAAUCCAGACCCUGGUGAAAUGCAGUAAGUGGUUUGCGCCACCUAGUGGUCCUGUGCAGUGACCGCAAGUCAGGACUCCUCUCGGGGCUGACCCUUGACAGCCUUUUGUACAUUCUGGCCUUCAGUGAGGAUCGAAUGCUUGUUGCCGGCUGUGCUGUGGACAGUGUGAUGAGGAAAAAGACCAGCUCCUUGUCCUCAGGGGCGCACAGUCUAGUGGGGAGAGAGGCGGGUGGCUACUAUUUGGGGUGCUGGGAGAGGCAGAAGGAGACAUCGAAAGUGAUGCAGCAAAGGGAAAAAAGAACAUGGGAGUAGGGGUGAAACCGACACGGGAAGCCACCCAAAUGUCCCAAGUGCACUACGCCACAUGCUGGCGGAGGGGAAUCUGUGUGACAGGGCUGUAGCACUUCCUGAGAGGCCACGUUACAGGUCCCACCAAGGCAGACACUUGAGGGGCAGAGGAGGCAUGGUCUCUGGUCAGCGUGCUCUGAGGUCAUAGGCACUCCAGUGAAAACACACAAAUAGAUGACAUGGGGGGAAGAGCCAAGGAAUUUUAUUAGACUGUGGCCCCAGACUACGGGCCAAGCAGGACAGGUGUGACAGAAUCCAGGACAGAUAAUGAAGACACCGAGUGAGCUCAUGUGAAGGUCAGUGAGUCCACCAAAGGCCACUCCAGAUUAGUUGGGGACCACAUGGAGAUUGGUGAGUCGGAGUCAUGGAGCUGCUUUUUGACUGAAAAUGUAGAUGUCAAUAACUCAGAGUCCCCAAAAGAUUAAAUGACACUAAAGUGGGUCACGAUAAAGUCAGCAGGUUUAGCAAGAGGUCAUAGAGUUAGUUAGUUUGGGAUCCCAAAGAGGUCAGCGGUCACAAAGAAUUAUUGGCCCUUAGAAAAUUUAUAAGCCAACUGAGAGCUGAGGGGCCUUGAUGAGACCAUAGGUUGGGACUUGAGAGAGGUCAGUGAUUUUUCAGGUUUGUGCAACAGUUAGUUCAUUAUUUUCCUUUGUUCCUUUGUAAUAGGUGUUCACCCCAGCAUCCCCACAAUGAAUGCAACGACAAGGGCCUUCUUUUAUUUUCUCCAUCUUCCCCCUCUCAUCCAGUGUUUGCCAUUCUGUGUGAUUCAAGGAUGCAAGGCACAGGAUACUGUCAACACCUCCACUGAAGUAGCCACUUACUAGGCAUCUAAUAUCCACA